AUGGACACAUUAUUUAACUCCACGGAGUGUAACCCAAGAGGUAUCCCAGGCGCACCAUUUGUUAAUCAAGUGGAGGAUUUCAUUAAAGAUCCACAAGAUUUCGAAUUAUGUUUUAAUAAGUUUCAAGAACGAUUAUCAAAAUAUAAAUUUAUGCAAGAAUCUAAAUUGACUACUGUUAAACAAUUGAAGAUUAGAAUUCCUGAUUUAGAAAAUACUUUGAAAAUCUGUAAUAAUCUUAAACGUCAAUCUGAAAAUAAUGACGACGACGGUGAUGAUGAACCAUUACAAGUCAAUUAUCAAUUAAAUGAUACAUUAUAUACAAAGGCUGAAAUUAGUAAAAUUCAAGAUACAGUAUGUUUAUGGUUAGGUGCUGAUGUUAUGUUAGAAUACCCAAUAGACGAAGCCAUUGAAUUAUUAAAUAAGAAAUUGAAUGAUGCUAAAAGAAAUCUCGAUACAUGUACAGAAGAUGUUGAAUUCCUAAGGGAAAACAUUACCACUAUGGAAGUGAAUUGUGCAAGAUUAUAUAAUUGGGAUGUGGAAAGAAGACAAAAUGAGAAAGAAACUGAAGCCAUUAAAGAUCUGAAACUUUGA